AGCAAGAUCACAUUAAAAUGGAAGUCUACUUGCCGCCUCUCCUCCCUCCCUCCCUCCCUCCCUUUUCCUGCCAACCAUGUUCAGGGUUUGAAAAAGUCUUUAAAUCUGCCCCACAGUAUUAUUUUCCAGACCUGGAAAAAGUCUAGAAAAUGAUGAUAAAGUCUGGAAAAAAUGGUAAUAAUUAGAGGCACAAAAGAACUAUAAACUUUUUAUUGCAACUGUGUAUUCUACCCCAUGUACAACAUUGAUCAGACAGUAAUAAUGAGAUACAUUUACAUUGUACACGCAAACCUAUUCUGCAUGGCUGUUCCUAUCAUUGUUGGCGCAUUGUACACUAACCCCUCUCUCCUUGCUCUUUCCAAAUUGACUCUUAAAACCUGACAUGUUUAUUAGCUCCCAUGUUACCUAAGUGGGUAUUAAACAAAGUGGCCUUGUCGAUUCUGUGCUAAAUUAUUAUUAGGCUUUAUAGAGAAACGAGGGUUCUUCAGUUUUCAAGACAAAAUGGGUUUUGAAAUAAAUCUUGCUGGCUCUGAUAGGUUGUGUUAGGAGGUGGCCAAGAGGCCAUGGAUGUGACAACUACGUCAACAAGAAUUGGGAAAUUUGAUGCUCGAUUCUUCCACACGGUGUUUGAAGAGGAAAUUGGGCGCGUUAAGGGGCAUUUUGGACCAAUUAAUAGCACUGCUUUUCAUCCCGAUGGAAAAAGGUAACCCUGAAAUAGCUUUACAGUGUAUAUAAUAGGACUUAGCCUGUAGCCUAUAGCCUGUAGUUCGUAUUAGUGAUUUCAAAGUAAGUUCAUUUAAGUUUUCGUUUAGAGGCAAAAACAAUCAAAAGCCUCGAUGCUCCAGCUAGGGAAGUAAAGGUAUCAUUAUUUGAAACUGGAGAAAGACGUUAUAAGGAGGCAGUGCCACAAAGCUCUAGUAGUAGUUGAAUAUCCAGUCAAGGCAUAGUUAGUAAAGGAGACUGUUGGCCAGAACCUCUUUAGAACCUCUAAUUUGAUAGGUUCUUGUUGGCCCGAAACUCUAUUGUCUCAGAGUUGGGGUUCACUGUUAGUUUUGUUUGGGGUAGGGCUAUCUAUUGUUUUCUAAACCAGUCCUGUGAGCCGUUCUUAGAGCUUCCAGCCCACCCAAAGGUGACGAGUUAUGAAAGGCGGCAAACAUCAAAGACAAAAAACAACAGUGCUGCAGUUUAUGUUGGAAGCUCCCUAACGGCGUUUACAAUCCCUAGUUUUUUUGCUCACAAAUUGUGACGGGAUAAGUUAAUGUGACGUUUUCGUCGGUAACCAAAAUGAAUCAAAAGAAUGCUAUUGAAGCUUCAAGACUUCAAGUCCACAAUGGAGUCAGGCGAGCGGGCGUCAUGACCAUAGCACUUUUUUUACUAUGGUCAAGGUUGGUGUCAGUGAAUUCGAGACUGGUGCUCUAAACUAGCCUGCGUAGCUGGCGGGAGUAGCGUGGGAGUGCUGUAUUUGUUUGGUGGUUCUGCCGCCAAAAAAGUUCCCCGGGCACAAGAAUCCCCUCAGCUAUACAGGCUAGCUCUAAACUCUUUAAGAUGGGUAGAAACGAAGCCAUCUUGUAUUUGAGAAAAAUUGCUGACGAUCUCAAGCAUGGUUGGUUUAUUUCUGGAAAUAACGUGGUAUUGCUUUACAAUGGUUUAAAAGUUAUCUUUUCUGUCGAAAACAAUUUAUGCAAUAAAAUGGUUACAACUGUUCAUCAUUAGAUAUUACUUGCGGAGUCCCUCAGGGCUCUAUGUUAGGCCCCCUGUUAUUCUUACAAUAUAUUAAUGAUCUAUGUAAUGUGUCAAAGUUCUUAAAGCUGAUAUUAUUUGUCGAUGACACUAAUACAUAUCUUCUAUUUACAUAUUGAUGCUUCCUGUCUCGUGGAAGUUGUAAAUUUAGAAUUGAUUUAGAAUUUAUCAUAUUCAGCCACGACAAAACAGGCAAACACUUGAUCUAGCUUUUCAUUUAAUAUUAGUAAUUAUUCGAUUGAUCGUGUUAAGGAAGCUACUUUUCUUGGUGUAAUUUUGGUUGAAUAUUUAACAUGGAAAUCGCAUAUAAAUAAUGUUGCAAAGAAAGUGUCUAAAGCCAUAGGUAUAAUUUAUAAAUCAAGUUUUAGUAAUUCCUCCUUAUGGACACUUUAUUAUAGCCUUAUCUAGCAAGUUGAUCAUGCAUCAAGCGCAGUUUAAUCAAUAAUUCGGGAGACCUAUUGUUUAAUUGAAGUAAUGACUCAGAACCCUUUCAAAAAUACUUUUCCUGUGGGAAGAAUUAACAGACUUGGGUUGACAGCAGUGAGAACCCAGUGUCAGUUUGGGGGCCUUAGUAGAUACAAUUGUAGAUAAAUAAAUGGGAACGGCAAAAUUCUCAUCUUUGAUUUCUCCUAACCACGCCCAAUCGUGUUUAGACAUGAUCCUGGAGAUUUAUUGUGAACGAAAACUGGAAGGGUGCAAAUGAAUUAAUCACCCGGGUUCGCUUUCGUCCUGCCGGCAGUUUGUUUCAUGAAUGUCCGGCCAUUGAAUUGAGCGCUCAUAUUUUUGUAAUUUACUGACUGCGCAUAUCGACAGUAAGGGUACCAGCGAUUGGCUGAUCAAAGAUUAAUGCGUUAGCCGUGAGCGUGUUUGUUUUUCGGGUUUGUAACAGAGGCACAAUAAGGUCUUUAGUUGCAUGUACUCACUGCUUGUUUUUGUUUUUUUUCUUUGUUGCAGUUACAGCAGCGGUGGCGAGGAUGGUUAUGUUCGUGUGCAUGUGUUUGAUCCUUCCUACUUUGAACUAGAAUUUGAAUAUUAGCUUACAUAAAUUAUCGCAAAUCUCUCAUCUUGUCCGGUCAUUUUCUUGAUGAAGAAGAGACUCUAAGGGCAGUUUACUGUGUGGACUUCAACCCCCUUCCACUCUCAGAAUUUUUAAUUGGACAUGAGUGCCUGAAACGUAACUGGUCUCGAUAUCGUGUGAAUAGCCAUUCUGGACUUCCGCCUGUGAGGAAUGAAACAGUUUCUAUUUUCUGUAUGCUUUGUUUCCCGAACCAUGCUUUCAUUUUCAUAGUAAUCAUCCCCGGAAGAAAGCAGCAUAUCCCUGGGCCAUUUCCCUCCAGACGCGGUCCCUACCUCGUACCCAGCCGCCUCUCUCUCGGUGUA